UUCAUUGAGAUCUUCACCCACCCUGAACUACCGAAUGAGAGAGAAGCGCAACAGCUCCUGGAGCGGGUCGCGAGAAUGGUGCGGCCAGUAAUGCUCUCCAACCGUCUCUCCGGAGAGUCACUGUACGAGGGAAUGGACACUGAGUUCGCCGAGAUUUCUGACGACGGCGUCGCCGAUGACAAUAUUCUAAUGGGUAUGCACACGUUGAAUCUGGCAGGGGAGCAGCAAAUAUUUCUGCGCCUACGGCAUCCUGCCAACAUAUCCUGCUUUGUGGACGAGGUGCAGAUUUGCGACACGUUGCUACACGAGCUGAUGCACAACAUUCACAGGGACCACGAGGCUCCGUUCAGGGCGAUGUGGCACCGUCUGAGACUCGAAUUCCUCGAUCUGAUGAAUAGGGGUGCCGUCCAUGUUGAUGGAUUC